GCGGGAGAGGAAGAGCAGAAGGAUUCUGUUGGAGAGGGCCGGAUGAUGCGCACGCCGCUUCCUGGAUCCCUCUGCUCACCGCCCGUGAACGGGUGCCUCCCGGAGCUGCUUUUAGAAUCGCAUGCGAAGCGUUAUCGAUCUUUGCUUGCGCAGAACCCACGCCUGGUACGGCGCUGUUCCACGGGUCGGUGAGGCAGUCCUGUCGCCGAUCAUUAAUUUUCCUGCAGCCGUUCGAAUUUGGCCGUCGUUGACUGGAGGCGCAGCGAGCUCAGAUGUAUUGAGUGGAGGCGGAUUGUUGGUGUCCAGGCCCCGACAUGGUUGACGAUCCGAGCGCGCCCACUCUGUGCCGAAGAGGCGCAGAGACGAGGCUGGCCCUGGCACCGCGGGCUCGCCCGUCUCUGCCGCGCGCCUCUGCCACGAGGCGGAUUCGCUUGCGGCUCGAGUGCAACGCGCUAGUGGUGCUGCUUCGUUCUUGGGGGCGCUGCCACCCCUCGUCCCCCUCCCUCGCUCCGUCGCCACCAUCUUCCCUGCCCCUUCCCCGUCCCCCCUCCUCCUCCACAGCCAUUUUGGCUGAGGUUUGGGGGGGCUUCGGGUUACAGACUGCACCAGGCCUCCUCAGGCGGAGUGGCGGACGGAAGAGAAGGAGGAGGAGGAGGAAACUUCUACCUGGCCCUGGCUUGGCGAUGACCGCCGGCGGCGCCCGCUACACCGCGGAGAAGCCAGGCGUCGCAGUCAGGAGCGCGCCACGGCUCGGCGGGGAGGCGCUGUUGCACUUGCAGCGGGGCGGCGACACUGGCAUCGCACGGCCGCGGGUCAUUGUCGAGGAGAUCUGGGAGGAGGGGGCGCUGUCCAAGGCAGAGAUCCAGGAUAUCCUCGACAGCUACUCGAACCCCGACGUGUCGCUGCCGCUGGAGGCCAAGUAUUGGUCGAAGCAGCAGCUGGAGAUGUUCGUGAUGACGACAGGCGCCAUCCGGCCGAAGGGGUGCUCGAUGCCCGACGAGCGGUUGUUGGUCAACGCAGCCAUGAGCAAGGAUCAGAUCGCCCGCGCCUUCGGAACGGCCGCAGCCUGGAUCGCGGACGCGGACGCAAUCCUCAUAGGCUCUGGCGCCGGCAUGGGCGUCGACUCUGGUCUGAACACCUUCCGGGGCAGCCGCCGGGGCGUGUGGGCCGGGCUGGACGCGGUUGGCCUCGCCUACGAGGAGAUCUGCCACCCCAGGUGGUUCCAGGAAGAGCCGCACCUCGGGUGGGCGUUCUGGAACUUCUGCCACCGCACCUACCAGAGCACGGUCCCCCACCCGGGCUACGCCGCAGUGCGGGAGUUGGCGCAGAGGUGCCCGCUGGGAUUCUUCUCCUUCACCUCCAACAUCGACAGCCACUGGGCGGCCUCCGGGAUGCGGGCCGACAGCGUCCUGGAGGUGCACGGGGCGGUGAGGUGGCUGCAGUGCUCGGUGCCCUGCUGCCCAGACGUGUGGCGCGCGCCGCGGGACCUCGGCCUGUCCGAGGACGAGGCCACCCACCGCGCCCGCGGCGUGCUCCCCACCUGCCCCAAGUGCCGGGCCGUGGCGCGGCCGAACGUGCAGAUGUUCGGCGGCGACGCCGGGUUCUCGAGGGCGCGGCGCGGAGCGCAGUUCGCCAAGUACGACGCGUGGCUGAAGGGGCUGGAGGCCCGGGCGGACAGGGAGAGCCUCCGGGUGGCGUGCGUCGAGAUAGGCUGCGGCCUCACUGUCCCGACCGUGCGCAAGGAGCUGGAGUCGGUCGUGCGCAGGUUCCCCGGGGCGCGCCUGAUCCGCGUGAACCCCGAGAACCCAGGCCUUGCCCCGGAUCUCGCGGAUCGGGGCGCCAGCCUGCCCGUCGCGGCCAGCCUGGCGAUCCAGGAGCUCUCGAGGCAGGUCCAGGUCCAGGCCGAAGAGCCGAAAGUCACCUUCGUCUUGUGGGGCAUGUGGGAGAGCGGUGGCGUAGAGAUCCAGGCGCCCUACGGCUCCAGCGUUGGGCGGCUGCUCCGUCUGGCGGGCGCGCAGGAGGGCGCCUCCGUGGAUUUCGACCACACCCUGAAGGGUUGGCCGCAGGCCGUGGUUGGCGGAGCACCUGAGCUGGCGCCCGACGACCCCGUCCCAGUGCACUGCUUCCAGGAGGUGCGAAGCGGCGGCAGCGCGGAGCGCAGGCUGACCGCAGUAGUGGUCCUGGAGGCCCAGAUCUGGAUCAGCGAGGACGGCAGCGACAAUAUGAACGCCCAGCUGCGGGCGCGGUGCCGCGAGGUGGAGAGCCUGCUAGACGACUUGAACGCGCUCUUCGAGCUGAAGUCUUACCAAGAUGAGGUGCGGAAGUGCAGGGACCGCCGGAGCGUGCACAAGCUGGCGAAGAGUGUCCACUUCCAAGUGCUGCCCAAGUAUGGCAUCGAAGCGACUGAUAGGGGCACCGCAGCGAUGAUGGCUUUUAUCUCCAGCUGUUGCUGCGGCGACAAUUGGGCGUCGUGGGCCAUUCAGGAGAAAGUGGACAGGUCAAUGGAUCUGUCGUACAUUAAGCACAUUGAACACUUGCCGUUGGUGGCACCGCCGCCUUAAUUAGGAAACGCCGCCGCAGCGGAUAAUAGUGUUAGGACAUAUUAAGUGAGCCAGACUGGGUAAGUGAAUCAGCGCCGAACUGGCCGACCGGCACGCGCAA